AGCUGCCAGUUGAUCCACCGAACUGCUCCUGGUUGUCUUGACAGUCAGAACUAGGUGGUGGCACACAAGGGACACGAGGGAAGACUGAGCCCGCUCCCUGCGAGCUGGUCCGAGGCGUGGCUGCAAUGGAGUCGAUGGCGGCCGUGUCGAGGGCCCCGACCCAGAUGAGCGCCUGUACUCCGGCUGGGUACCCGCCUCGGCCCUCCGUGCGCUGCAGAGACUGCAAGAGUCCCCCGCUUCGGAGCUUGGGUCAGAGUUAGGACCGCCUGGGAGCAGGAGAGAGGCCUGGAAGGCUGCGUCCUUGUCAGGACCUCAUGGCUGCUGAGUCAGCUUUGAGGACGAGCAGAGCGCCCAGGGGCUGAAGGGGCAGCAGGGGGUUCUCUCACACACACACACACACACACACACACACACACACCCGCUCGCCAUGCGCACUCGCCACUCACACUGGUUUCCCGCAGAUCCAUAACUGCAGGACGUAGUGGAAGGUGUCCCUGUGUGAGCCCACUCCAUCUCUGUAAUUGUGUCGCCGACUCUGUCUGACACUCUUGCACCGCGUGUGUCUUGUGACCCUGAAGAAACCGCUAGACAGAGGUGGUAAAUCCAGGUUGGAAGCUGUUUGAUGGUUUCUCCUGCAACGCUUAGGAAUCAACGGGGUGAAAGAUGAAAAGUGCCUGCAGACCUAGGUCCCAAAAUGUGGAAAUGAAGACACAUGAGGGACCAUGUGACCUUUGAGGACAUUGCUGUGUAUUUCUCUCAGGAAGAGUGGGGGCUUCUGGAUGAGACUCAGAGGUUCCUGUACCUUGAUGUAAUGAUGGAGAACUUUGAGCUUACCACCUCACUGGUUUGUGAGCAUGAAACAAAGGAUGGAGAAGCACUUUCUGUGCAGAGUGUUUCUGUAAAAGCAGUGUCACAGAUCAAGACUCUAAAGGCAGGUCCAUCAACCCAGAAGGUGCAACCCUGUGACAUCUGUGUCCCAGUCGUGAAAGACAUUCUGCAUCUGGAUGAUCUACCUGUACAGAAGCAGUACUUUGUUAGGACAUGUGCGAACCAUCACCAAGAACAGAAGCACCACAGUGCAGAGAAUCUGUUAAAAAGAGAUACAGACAGUGCUUCUUUUGUGAAGAGCAGUUUAUUUCAUGUAUCAGGGAAUCCCCGCUUCUGUGGGAAGAUUAGACAGGACUUCUCAGCUGAGUGGGGUUGUCUUCAGGCUGUCCCCAAAGAUAAGCCAAACAAAAUUACAACAGGUGUGGAGGCUGUUCACAGUGGAAAAAGUUAUUGCAUAUCAAAUCAAUGCAGAAAAGCAUCCAGCCCCAAACACACAUUUGUUCAGCACCCAAAAAUCAUUAAUAUAAAAAGUUAUUUUGAGUCCAGCAAAUGCAGGAAAACCUUCCAAGAGAAGUACUCACUUGUUCCACUCCAGAGAGUCCACAGUAGAGAAAGGCCUUAUGAGUGCACUGAAUGUGGAAAGUCUUUCAGCCAAAAAGCCACCCUUAUUAUACACCAGAGAGUUCAUACUGGAGAAAAACCAUAUAUAUGUCAUGAAUGUGGAAAGUCUUUUAGUCAAAGCUCUAACCUCAUUGAACAUUGCAGAACUCACAGUGGAGAAAGGCCUUAUGUGUGUGGAGAAUGUGCGAAAGCCUUUGGGUGCAAAUCCAAUCUUGUUCGGCACCAGAGAACGCACACAGGAGAAAGGCCAUAUGAGUGUGCUGAAUGUGGGAAGUUCUUUAGGCAAAGCUUCAGCCUUGUUGAACACCACAGAAUUCAUACCACAGCAAGGCCUUAUGAGUGCAACCAGUGUGAAAAAUCCUUCAGUCAAAAAGCCACUCUUAUUAUACAUCAAAGAGUUCACACUGGAGAAAAGCCAUAUAAGUGUGAUGAAUGUGGGAAAUCCUUCAGCCAGAGCUCUAACCUUAUUGAACAUUGCAGAAUUCACACUGGAGAAAGGCCUUAUGAGUGUGAGGAGUGUGGCAAAUCCUUUAGUCAAAGAGCUACCCUCAUUAGACACCAGAGAAUUCACACAGGAGAAAGGCCUUAUGAAUGUGGGGAAUGUGGGAAAUUCUUUAGACAAAACUUCAGUCUCAUUGAACACCGCAGAAUUCAUAUGACAACAAAAAUUUAUGAGUGUGACCAGUGUGGAAAAUCCUUUAGUCAGAGAGCUAUGCUUAUUAGACACCAGAGAGUUCAUACUGGAGAAAGACCUUAUGAGUGCAGUGAGUGUGGGAAAGCCUUUGGAUACAAAUCCAAACUUGAUCGACACCACAGAACUCACACUGGAGAAAAGCCAUAUGAGUGUGCUGAAUGUGGAAAAUUCUUCAGGCAAAGUUACAGCCUUACUGAACACCAGAGGAUUCACAGUAGAUCAAGGCCUUAUGAGUGUGGCCAGUGUGACAAAUCCUUUAGCUGAAGAGCUACCUUCAUUAAACACCAGAGAGUUCACACUGGAGAAAAACCUUACAAAUGUGGUGAAUGUGAGAAAACCUUUAGUCGAAGCACCAGUCUUAUUCAACACUACAGAAUUCACACUGGAGAAAGGCCAUAUGAAUGUGGCCAGUGUGGGAAA